GGAAGAGGAGGAGGAGGAGGAGGAGCCUGCGGCGCCGGAGCCGGGCACAAAGUGAAACUCCUGGAAGCCGCGCGCCCUCGGGCAGGACCCCGCCCCGGCUCCCCUGUGCUCCCGGCGCCCAUGGCGCUGAGCAAAGGGCUGCGACUGCUGGCGCGGCUGGACCCCACCGGCCCGAGCAGCGUGCUGCUGGAGGCGCGGGGCCGCGGCGACUGUCUACUCUUUGAGGCCGGCGCGGUGGCCACGCUGGCUCCGGAAGAGAAGGAAGUCAUUAAAGGACUGUAUGGGAAGCCGACGGAUGCCUAUGGCUGCCUCGGGGAGCUGAGGUUAAAAUCCGGUGGCGUCCCCUUGAGCUUUCUGGUGUUGGUGACAGGCUGCACGUCAGUGGGCAGAAUUCCAGAUGCAGAGAUCUACAAAAUCACCGGCACUGAGUUUUACCCCCUGCAGGAAGAGGCCAAGGAAGAGGACCGCCUGCCAGCCUUGAAGAAAAUCCUGAGUUCAGGGGUGUUCUAUUUCGCAUGGCCCAAUGAUGGCGCCUGCUUCGAUCUGACCAUCAGGGCUCAGAAACAGGGUGAUGACUGCUCUGAAUGGGGGACCUCCUUCUUCUGGAACCAGCUAUUGCAUGUGCCUCUGCGGCAGCACCAGGUGAACUGUCAUGACUGGUUGCUGAAAGUCAUCUGUGGGGUGGUGACCAUCCGCACGGUUUAUGCCUCCCACAAGCAGGCCAAGGCCUGUCUCAUCUCUCGCAUCAGCUGUGAACGCGCAGGUGCUCGCUUCCUCACCCGGGGUGUGAACGACGAUGGCCACGUGUCCAACUUUGUGGAGACAGAGCAGGCGAUUUACAUGGAUGAUGGAGUGUCGUCCUUUGUCCAGAUCCGAGGCUCCGUUCCGCUGUUCUGGGAGCAGCCAGGGCUCCAGGUUGGCUCCCAUCAUCUGAGACUGCACAGAGGCCUAGAGGCCAACGCCCCUGCUUUUGAAAGGCACAUGGUGCUUCUGAAGGAGCAGUACGGGCAGCAGGUGGUGGUGAACCUGCUGGGAAGCAGAGGCGGUGAGGAGGUGCUCAACAGAGCCUUCAAGAAGUUGCUCUGGGCUUCUUGCCACGCAGGCGACACACCUAUGAUAAAUUUUGACUUCCAUCAGUUUGCCAAAGGUAGGAAGCUAGAGAAAUUGGAGAACCUGUUGAGACCUCAGUUAAAACUUCACUGGGAUGACUUUGGCGUAUUUGCGAAGGGCGAGAAUGUAAGUCCACGGUUUCAGAAAGGCACUCUGCGGAUGAACUGUCUCGACUGUCUGGACAGAACCAACACUGUACAGUGCUUCAUUGCUCUUGAGGUGCUUCAUCUGCAGCUUGAGAGCCUAGGGCUGAAUUCCAAGCCCAUCACUGACCGCUUCGUGGAGUCCUUCAAAGCCAUGUGGUCUCUGAAUGGGCAUGGCCUGAGCAAGGUGUUCACAGGGAGCAGGGCCCUGGAAGGAAAAGCCAAGGUGGGGAAGCUGAAGGAUGGGGCUCGAUCCAUGUCUCGUACCAUCCAGUCCAACUUCUUCGACGGGGUGAAGCAGGAGGCCAUCAAGCUACUGCUAGUUGGAGAUGUCUACAAUGAAGAGUCUACAGACAAAGGCAGGAUGCUGCUGGACAACACGGCCCUUCUGGCAACACCCAGGAUCCUGAAGGCCAUGACAGAACGCCAGUCAGAAUUCACAAAUUUCAAGCGGAUCCACAUUGCUAUGGGGACCUGGAAUGUGAACGGAGGAAAACAAUUCCGUAGCAAUCUCCUGGGGACCACUGAGCUCACGGACUGGCUCCUGGAUGCACCCCAGCUCUCAGGAGCAGUGGACUCUCAGGACGAUGGCGGUCCCGCUGACAUAUUUGCCGUCGGGUUUGAGGAGAUGGUGGAGCUGAGUGCAGGAAAUAUUGUCAAUGCCAGCACCACCAACAGGAAGAUGUGGGGCGAGCAGCUCCAGAAAGCCAUCUCCCGCUCCCAUCGUUACAUCCUCUUGACCUCAGCACAGCUGGUGGGCGUCUGUCUUUACAUCUUUGUACGUCCGUACCACGUCCCGUUCAUCAGGGAUGUGGCCAUCGACACCGUGAAGACCGGUAUGGGGGGAAAGGCGGGGAAUAAGGGCGCCGUGGGUAUCCGCUUUCAGUUCCACAGCACUAGCUUCUGCUUCAUCUGCAGUCACCUGACGGCUGGGCAGUCUCAGGUGAAGGAGAGGAACGAAGACUACCGGGAGAUCACGCACAAGCUCUCCUUCCCUUCGGGGAGAAACAUAUUUUCACACGAUUAUGUGUUUUGGUGUGGCGAUUUCAACUACCGCAUCGAUCUUACUUACGAAGAAGUCUUCUAUUUUGUUAAACGCCAAGACUGGAAGAAACUUAUGGAAUUUGAUCAGUUACAGCUACAGAAAUCAAGUGGGAAAAUUUUUAAAGACUUUCAUGAAGGAACCAUUAACUUUGGACCCACCUACAAGUAUGACGUUGGAUCGGCUGCCUAUGACACAAGUGACAAGUGCCGGACCCCAGCCUGGACAGACAGGGUGCUGUGGUGGAGGAAGAAGCACCCAUACGAUAAGACAGCUGGCGAACUCAACCUUCUAGACAGUGAUCUAGACGGUGAUGCCAACAUCAGACAUACCUGGUCUCCGGGCACUCUCAAGUACUACGGCCGUGCUGAGCUGCAGGCAUCUGAUCAUAGACCUGUGCUGGCCAUCGUAGAGGUGGAGGUUCAAGAGGUCGAUGUGGGAGCCCGGGAGAAAGUCUUCCAGGAAGUGUCCUCUGUCCAAGGCCCGCUGGACGCCACUGUUGUUGUAAACCUUCAGUCUCCAACCCUUGAAGAGAGAAAUGAAUUUCCAGAGGACCUGCGCACAGAACUUAUGCAGACUUUGGGGAAUUAUGGGACGAUUAUUCUGGUCAGGAUCAACCAAGGGCAGAUGCUGGUGACGUUUGCAGACAGCCACUCAGCUCUCAGUGUGCUGGAUGUGGAUGGUAUGAAGGUGAAAGGCAGGGCCGUGAAGAUUCGACCAAAGACCAAAGAUUGGCUAGAAGGCUUGAGAGAGGAGCUCAUUCGGAAGCGGGACAGCAUGGCCCCUGUGUCUCCCACCGCCAACUCCUGCUUGUUGGAGGAGAACUUUGACUUCACAAGUCUGGACUAUGAGUCAGAAGGGGAUGUUCUUGAAGAUGAUGAAGACUACUUAGCGGAUGAGUUUGGUCAGCCUGUAGUCUCAGACAGUGAGCUUGGAGGAGACGACUCUUCUGAUAUCAUGAGCGCCUCGACACCUGCCAGCAAGUCUCCCGCACUGGCUAAAAAGAAGCAACAUCCAACGUACAAAGACGACGCUGACCUGAUGACGUUAAAGCUGGAGCUGGAAGUUGCUGGGAAUUUUCGCCACCGUUCUCCGAGCAGGUCCCUGUCUGUCCCCAAUAGGCCUCGGCCACCUCACCCUCCACAAAGACCCCCCCCUCCAACUGGUUUAAUGGUGAAGAAGUCGGCCUCAGAUGCGUCCAUCUCUUCCGGAACCCACGGGCAAUAUUCCAUCUUGCAGACCGCGAAACUUCUUCCAGGAGCACCUCAGCAACCGCCCAAGGCUCGAACUGGAAUAAGUAAACCUUACAACGUCAAACAGAUCAAAACCACCAAUGCUCAGGAGGCGGAAGCAGCCAUCCGGUGUCUCCUGGAAGCUGGCGGAGGUGUCCCAGAGUCAGCCCCGGGUGCCACGCCCCUGAGAAACCAAGGGUCUUCUAAGCCAGAGGCCUCCCUGGGGCCUCCAGUCCUACCGCGCCGGCCUGUUCCAAGGGUUCCCACUAUGAAGAAACCAACUUUGAGGAGAACAGGAAAGCCCAUGUCACCAGAAGAACAGUGUGAGCAGCAGCCUGUCCAUUUUACAAUGGCUUCCCAGGAAAUGAACCUUGAGACCCCUCCUCCAAUAACAGCUCCCAUCCCGCCUGUUCCCAAACCAAGAACAUUUCAGCCUGGGAGAGGUGUUGAGAGGAGGCCGAGCGGUGGCAAGCCAGAACCGGAUGACGCUCCUCCUGUGACAGGCGCUGUGGAGUUAUCGUCUCCAGAGGCCCCGGAGGCCCCGUCCCUGGCUCCCAAGGUGCCUCCGAGGAGGAAGAAGUCUGCACCAGCAGCCUUCCACCUGCAGGUCCUGCAGAGCAACAGCCAACUUCUGCAGGGCCUCACAUGCUCCAGCACUUCUCCGUCCCCACCAAAGCCUGACACCCCCCUGCUCUAUCCGCAAAUGGCACUUGGCACUUCAUCUGCUAUAAGUCCCGAAACUGAUGGCCCCAGAGUGACGGAGCCCGAGGCAGCCUCUUUUCAUGGCGAUUACCCAGAUCCCUUCUGGAGCCUUCUCCACCACCCCAAUCUGUUGAAUAAUAAUACCUGGCUGUCCAAGAGCUCUGAGCCUUUAGACUUGGGGUCCAGGACCCCUGAGAGGACACACACAGACUCAGCGCAGGUCAAUGCAUCAGUGGUUGAGAGGGGGCUUCCACCAGACCAUGGGGGUAAAGACUUCAGUCACUGGAUGGCCGCCAGUAACAAAGACAAGAGGACAACAUUAGGCGUUUGACCCACAGGCAAGAACAUGGCCUGUUGGCUCUGUAGAUGCUCUCAUUUCAAACGCUCACCUUCCUCAUGUGGGCAUUGCUUGACCUGGUCAAAAGGGAUGUUGAUGUAAAGGCACACUGAAACCCUUUGUUUAUCUGUCACUCUGUGUAGUGAAUGAAAACCGUCUCCCAUUCAGUACAGUUAUCCAGCCACCCAAACGUUCCAUUCAAGGUCUGUGCAUUUUAAGCUUGCUCUCAGGACACUGGGAAAUGUGCUGUUGCAUUCGGGAUAUGGAUUUUAAAGGGAAGAAAUCUAGAUUCCCAAGACGCUCUCAUCUGCGGAAUUUUAAGUGGUUGUUCAAUAUAUGUUUGUGUGCCAUUUGCUUGUUGGUUUUGUUUGUGUUUUUACAGAUUUGGGAUAAGUGGUUAGGUUCAUAAAAGAUGACAUUAAAAGCAGUCGGGACCUUAAGAGCUGUUGUGACCCACUUGAAACCACAUUAAGAAAAAAAAAA